AUGUCUGUCCACAUCCCCAACAUCCUCCUUGCUGUUCCCCGCAACCCCAUCACAGCUGUGGGGCUUCCCAUUGCCCUUGGCUUCCUCAGCGGCUCUCCCUCUUCUAAAGUGGCCAAUAGCAACUGGUAUCAUAACCUUCACGCACCACCCGGCCAACCUCCUCGUGAGGUAUUCCCGUUUGCCUGGUUGCUACUCUACUUGUCUAUGGGAUACGCCUCCCAUGUCGCUGUGAAGGCGUUGGAUUCGAGCGUGGUCGAGGGAAACAGGAAUGCCCUGUCGGCUGGCCUUGCAUUGUACUAUGCUCAGUUAGGUUUGAAUUGCCUCUGGAGCCCCAUAUUCUUCGGACAGCGCAUGACCGGAUUAGCGCUCGUCGAUAGUGUCCUCUUGACCGGAACUACGUGGUACAUGACGAAACUUCUCGACCGUCCUACCAACGGGGAGGCGAGCUACUACCUCCUUCCCUAUUGCGCUUGGUUGGCGUACGCCACCUACCUUAAUGCUGGGGUUUGGUGGUUAAACCGGGCGGGAAAAGCUGAGAAGUAA